AGUCAGUCACAUGACCUGCAGUGAUCAGAGCGACUGCAGCACGCGGACAGGUGGACUCUGAAAGAUGCAGGUGUUCCUGUGGUUCCUCCUGACGUUCCUGCUGGGCGCCGGCGCCGCUCCCUCUGCAGAUGAGGUCAGCUUCCUUCCUGGGCUCCAGAAGCAGCCGAGCUUCAGGCAGUACUCUGGAUACCUGAACGUGGCUGAUGGAAAACACCUUCACUACUGGUUUGUGGAGUCUCAGAGCAAGCCGUCGUCCGACCCGGUGGUUCUGUGGCUGAACGGCGGUCCGGGCUGCAGCUCAUUGGACGGACUGCUCACCGAGCAUGGACCCUUCCUGAUCCAGGACGAUGGAGUGACGCUGCAGUACAACCCGUACUCCUGGAACAAGAUUGCGAACAUGUUGUACCUGGAGUCUCCAGUGGGUGUCGGCUUCUCGUACUCUGACGAUAAGAAUUACAAAACCAAUGACACUGAGGUGUCCAUGAACAACUACCUGGCUCUGAAGGAGUUCUUCCGGCUGUUUCCAGAGUACAGCAGCAACGAGCUCUACCUGACCGGAGAAAGUUACGGUGGGAUCUACAUCCCGACGCUCGCCGAGCGAGUCAUGGAGGACUCCAGCCUGAACCUGCAGGGUGUUGCUGUGGGCAACGGGAUGUCGAGCUACGAGCUGAAUGAUAACUCUCUGGUUUACUUCGCCUACUACCACGGCCUGCUGGGCAGCCAGCUGUGGGCGGAGCUUCAGAUGUACUGCUGCAGCGGCGGGAAGUGCGACUUCUACAACAACCAGAACCCCAACUGCACUGAAAAGUUGUCAGACGUCCAGACGAUCCUUUACAGUUCAGGGCUCAACAUUUACAACCUGUACGCUCCGUGUGCGGGUGGAGUCCCUCACAGAUUCAGUGUGGACCAUGGGCAGCUGGUGGUCAGAGAUAUGGGGAACAUCUUCAUCAACCAUCAGGAGACUCGCCAGUGGAACCAGAAGCUGAUGAGUCUGGCCGCGGUGCACCUGUCCGUCCGCCUGGAUCCGCCCUGCACCAACUCCACGCCGUCCAGCCUCUACCUGAACAACGCGUACGUCAAGAAAGCUCUGCACAUCAGUCCCGACGCUCUGGACUGGGCCAUCUGCAGUUCUGAGGUGAACCUGAUGUACGGCCGGCUCUACAUGGACGUCAGGAAGCAGUACCUAAAGCUGCUCUCAGCUCUGAAGUACCGGGUCCUAGUUUACAACGGAGACGUGGACAUGGCCUGCAACUUCAUGGGUGACGAGUGGUUUGUGGAGUCUCUACAGCAGCAGGUGGAGGUCCAGCGGCGUCCCUGGGUCUAUGAUGGUCUGGAUGGUCAUCAGAUCGGAGGCUUCGUUAAAGAGUUUGACAACAUAGCCUUCCUCACAGUGAAGGGCUCUGGUCACAUGGUUCCAACAGAUAAACCUGUCGCCGCCUUCACCAUGUUCACCAGGUUCAUCAAGAAGCAGCCGUACUGACCUGAGGCUCGUUUGGACCUGCUCAGCUGCCGUACUCUCAGGGUGUUUUUCUGUUUUAUAUCACUGUCAAAAUGGGUCUCUUGUAAAAAUUAUUAAUCAAAUGUUCUCUUUGUGUUGGCUCCAUAUCUCCAUGGAAACGAGCACCGCUUGUUGAUUUUCUGACGGUUUGAAGGGAAACUAAAAUAAACUCCGAUUUGAACCAAA